UAUAGUUCCCGCCUUGGUGUACAAAGUUGAAGUGUGACAUAAUUUGGGCUUUUGUGGUAACGUCUGCCCAGGGACCGUGUAGGGCCGCCGAGUGGCUGUAGCUUUCUCUCGAGGUAGGGGCGUUUUGUGCAGUUGAGGUCACGGUCUCUGUGAUUCCACGCGGAAAAUAAAUACAAACUUAAAACCUGUUAAAUCCAAGUUGAAAAGUUCUGAGACUGUUCAACAUCUGUAUUUAUUUGAUUGUUUUACACAUCGUUUUGUUUUCUUUAAGAAUCCUGCAAGCACUUUAAUUUCCCCCCCUUUACUCGUACUCAACAAAAAGUGUUUCAGUAACAAUGACUACGUUUACAUGCAGCCAAUAACCUGUUCAAAACCGGGAUAUUAGCAAUAACCCGGUCGCGCACGGCCAUGUAAACACCGGCAAAAACCCGGAUAUGCUCAUAUCCCGGUUUUUAAAAACCGGGAUAUUAUACCUGGGGUACCCCUUUUCUAACCCGAAUAUUUGGUCUUGUAAACGCGUUUCGGCAUAUCCCCAUCAAAAUGUGUGUUCUGCGCAUGUUCUAUUCGCAAGGAAUCUUGGUCUUUUGAGUCUUUGGAUACAGGAAGAAGAAUCGGAAAUGACGCAUAUUGCGUAUUACUCCAGACGCUAACUGUGUGUCGCCGUUUACAUCGGGAUAUUGGCGACUGAUUACACAUUCCAUGUAUACAGGAGUAACUCUCUCUGCUCACGCAUGUAAACGGGUUAUCCCGAAUGUUUCAGAAACCCAAAUAGUGACCUUAACCCGACCAUAACCCGAAUUUUAACAGCUUGUAAAUGUAGUCAAUGUUACAGGGACUGAUUGCAAUUGCAGAUCCCAGUGUGUUCUGGUUAAACAAUUUGUAUUAAUUUAUUCAUGAAUUGCUAAAGUUUGCAUAUGGUGGUGUGUUCUUAAUGACAGUUAUCCUAAAAAUAUAUCCUAUUCCAAAAAUAAGAAAUAUCCUAAUAUAUCACCCUGCUUACAGUAUCGUAGCGUAUCGAAAUAUAUCGUAUUACAACCCCUGUAUCGUGAUACGUAUCGUAUCACCAGAUUCUUGCUGAUACACAGCCCUAUUGUUAAAACGUGCUGUUUGUAAGAUUGACACUUGGUUGAACUAGGUAUUGCAGUCCAAUUUCAAAAUACUGGAGAGGGUUUUUUCACCCAGCCCCUCUUUCUCAGACUCAGGUUGACAGAUUGAAGACACCAAAAGGAACGAGCACACCUGACGAUGAAUGAAAUGAAAUACGCUGUUUUCUGCCAACUGGCUCCCCAGGGUGCCGAAAUACAAUUGGGUAAACUGGCAGAGGGCAGGUUUCUUAAACCAAAACAGAGAUUGACAUUCCGGCCCGGAAGACACAUUUUAGAAGAAUAACUGUAGCAUUGUUUUUCAGAUAAACAAUGUUAACUUAGCAUGUUUCUUAAAUAUCUGCAAACAUAUUAUGGUAUUUUUAUGCUUUAGUGGAAUCAUAAACGUACAAACAGCACCUUUAAAUUCUGAUUUGUGUAAUUGUAUUAUUGCAUAAUGUUACUUAGUGUCACAGUUUUGAGGAAUAUAACCUAUUCACAAUUAAAAAUAUUGAAUGACAAUUAAUCGAGUAUCAAUUCAAUGGAUUACCUCAAAAUCUUGACUUUCUAUUUUUUUCAUUACAUUCAACAGUGUAGUCAAGACGUCUGUUGUGGGACAGACUAAAAACGUGUUUAGAGCUACUUUUUUAUGCUGGGCUCUUGGAUAUGUUUAAUAAACGAGUUAUAUUCUUGUUUAUAAAAUAUCUAUUAAGUCCUACAACAAAAACACGUGCAUGUGUGCAUCUACACCAAAAGACUGGAAUGCGUGUUUCAGUUCAAUGUGCUAAUAUGGGCAUUGUAGAAAAAAAAAACAGGUUUCGCGCAUGCGCACAUUAUCGAAUGUGUAGUUUAGGAGAUCAGCAAUGAGCUGUGAGCGCAGCAGCAUUGUGGAAUUACACGCGAAACAACACACCGCGAUUUUAAGACGGACGAAGAAUGUCCCAUACGCUGAGAGGGUGGUAGGCGUGACGGGUUUGUGUUGUUUUUUCUCCUGCUGUUGAGACUACAUGAGAGCUCCAAGCCCUGGCUAAAGUGGAGCUGAAAGGGAGGGAGGUGUUCACCAUCCUCUGGCCAUCAUCAUUCUCCACUGCACCGGCGCCAUCGCAUCCUAGGCUUUGUUUUGCGGUGAGCAUCUGUGUCACAAGAGAUUACAUUAGCAGUGUGGAAUGAGACAGACUUGCGUGAAGCUGUGAAAGUGUCUUCUGUCAGAAUAAUGUUGCCAGGCGUGGGUGUAUUUGGAACUGGGCAGACAGUACGUACCCUGGUGCCGUUGCUCCAAAAAGAAGGCUUCCCUGUUCAGGCUGUAUGGGGCCGUACGCAAGAGGAAGCAGAGUCACUAGCCAGUGAGCUGGACAUCCCCUUUUCCACUAACAAGACAGAUGAUGUGCUGCUACACCCAGAAGUCCAUCUCGUCUGCAUAUUGACACCUCCUCCACACACACGGCAGAUUGCAGUAAAAGCCCUAGGUAUAGGUAAAAAUGUGAUCAGUGAGCAGGCAGCUACACUGACAGAUGCCUGUAAGAUGGUGACAGCGGCAAGAUAUUAUCCACAGCUUAUGAGUAUCAUGGGAAAUUCCUUGCGCUUCUUGCCCGCAUUUGUCCAGAUGAAACGCCUUCUUGGAGAAGGUUACUGUGGGAACUUGCAGGUAUGUGAAGCACGUGUUUAUGGAGGCACACUGCUCAGCCAGUCAUAUGGAUGGGCUUGGGAGGAGCUGAUGGGGGGCGGUGGCCUGCAUACAGUUGGCUCCUGCAUCAUUGACCUCCUGAGCCACCUCACGGGACGUCGGUCUGUGCGAGUGCAUGGAAUGCUCCGGACUUUCGUACAUCAGGGUGGCCCAGCCGGAGGGAUUCGAUCUGUAACCGCAGAUGACUAUGCUUGCUUUCAGCUGCUGAUGAGUGGAGGCCUGGUCUGCAGUGUGACAUUAAACUUCAAUCUACCUGGCACAGAUGUGCAUGAGGUCAUGCUUGUGGGGUCAUCAGGACGACUCGUGGCUCGAGGAACAGAGCUGUAUGGCCAACGGGCCAGCAUGCAAGUAGAGGAGCUGCUUUUGAGCGAUGAUGGAGAAGGUGUAGGGCCAUCUGUCAGGGGACUGAACAGCAUGGUGACUCAACUCAGACUAUCUUUUCAGGCACAAGAGGACAGGCGCUCUUGGGUACGACAUCCUGUUUCCAUGGCAGCCUCCUUCGAGGAUGGGCUGUAUGUACAGGCGGUUGUAGAUGCUAUCAAACGGUCGAAUCGCACUGGAGAGUGGGAGUCAGUGGAGGUCAAGAUUCAGGAUGUUGACCCAAACCACAACCACAGAACCCUUCCAAACUAAAACUACACACACUGUUACACCGUUCAUCUCAAGUCCAAGCCUGUUAACAUCAUUCACCUUCUUUUACAAUAAUAUAACCAUGAUUUCAUUUUAAGCAUAAAGAUAAGAAUUUAACUGAAAGUUAAUGCAGAAUAACUCAAAGUUUUAAGUUGGAGUUGGGUCGCUUAUGCAAAACACUGGAAAUGCAUCACUGGAAAGGAAUUGUGGUUUCAGCGUUGUUUUGUAGCUUUUUUACUGUAACAAAAAAAGAUGUGCAAAGCUUAGCUGUGAAAAACUAUUUCUGUCCUUUUCCUAUUUUUAUGUGAUCUUUUGAGUGUAAAUUUGAGUCACGGGUUUAAAUGUGAACCUCUUUAAGUUUUUAUAUGAAUAGUGAAUAUAAUAAGCUAGUGCUCUGCUGAGGAUUUAUUUUUUUAUUUUAGGGGGUGAAUGUGUGCAUGAGAGAAACACAGUUAUGGCACUGAUACAUUUAUUAUGCUGGACACUAGAUAUCAUUUACUGUAAUGUACCUGUUGUGACUUAUAGCCUGAUGUCCAACAUUUCUAUUAAGCUGCACAUUAAUUUUAUUUUUUAUUGCUGAAUUUUUGUCUGUGCACUGUUUAAGUGCAAAUGAUGGUGUGGUGUGUGGAUGGUGUUUUUAUUCAUUGUUAUAAGUUUAAAAAUAAAUAUUAAUUUAUUUAUUUUAAUAUUUUAAAUGUGAAUUUUGAAACGAAUACCUGCUGAAUAACAGAACAGAUAUUUACCUUUUGUUUUUACAUGUGGCUUAUCUGCCGUCAUUCUAAAGGGGGCGCUAAAGCGUUGUGUCUAGAUCCUAGACUGUAUGGUCUAGAAUCCUCGUUUGAAAUUCUCGCGAGAUUAAUGUUUUAUGCUCUUUGUUUGGGAAUCCUGCAUCACGGAGAAUGGACAGGAAAAGUAUAAAUGUUUUUAUAAUGCUUUGCAAUAUUUUGAAAAUCACAAAAUAAGAGAUUUCUGACAAUAUGUGAAGAUGGUGCAUGUAGAAUUGCAAUGUUUUAGACUUUAGAGUCAAUAAAUGUUUAUUAAACAGCCAGAA